AUGGCGGCGGUUUUGGAGCGGAGCUUCAUAGAAAUAUGUGGAUUUGAGAGGGAAACGCUUCAUAGAUUCCGAGAAAUAACGGUAAACCUAGGUCUCAAUGCGCUUUCCGGCGGGUUCAAGUUCCCUGACAGUGCUGGAGGUUUCCACUAUCAGGAGAGUGGGAAGCUGUUGUCCAUCACUAGCAACAGGUUCAUUCACUGGUCUACAUCAGGGGACACGGUGCAGCUGGUGGAGCAGUCACUGGACACCAACCUGCUGAACAAUGCUGUCAAGAUCAAGUUCACCCACUGCACCUUGCUGCCCGGUGGGGUGACCAUUCACGAGACCAUGAACAAUGUCGUCGUCCUCAUUGUCACCAACCAGAGCGUACACCGUCUGGUGCUGCCUCACCCCACACACAUGUACCGAAGUGAGUUGGUGACAGAGCUCCAGAUGCAGUCCAUCUUCACUGACAUUGGCAAGCUGAGCCUCCAGGACCCUGCCCACAGUGCCAUCAUCCCCACAGUAGCGGGUCAGACUGGCGGUCCCAGCACCUCGACAGCCUGGCUCAGCCACCAGGGAGAGUCUCACUAUGCUGUGGCCUCGCCUGCUGGUGGUAUCCUGGUCAUCACCCUGCCUCCACAUGACACACAAGGGACUGUUUCGGUAGUGGAGUUUAAGAGGAGCACAGUGAUGCAGAAGCUUGCUGGCUGGAUGCCCACAGCUAUCCGUGGGGAGCAGAGCUCUGGGGACCUGGCCCUCAGUCUGGCUGUCAAGGAGCUGGAGGAGGACUCCUUCAUCUUCGCCCUGUGCCAGGAUCACAAACUACGCAUGUGGUCCUUCAGGGAUCAGGCCUGUUUGAUGGAGGCUGAUAUGCUGGAGUACAUGCCAGCCUGUAAAGGGGUGAAGCGAAUGGCAGGUCAGGCCCACAGGCUGCGACUAGCUUUCUCCUCCACCACAGGCCUGUGUCUGGCUGUCUAUCUAGCUGUGCCCCAGAGAGGACAGUUCACGGUGCUGCAGCUGGUCGCCACAGACAACAAUCGCUACAGUUUGGACCACAUCUCCUCCCUCUUCUCCACGCAGGAGUCAUUGGUGGACUUUGUCCUGACCUCCACUGACAUUUGGGGGCUCUGGGUGGAUGACUCCAACACCACUGUGGUCAAAUACAUCAACUUUGAACACAACACAGCCGGCCAGUGGAACCAGGUGUUUGUUCAGCCCCCACCAGAAGAAGAGAUCCACAUAGGAGUAGACCAAGACCCCAGGGAGACCUACCUGGAAGUGCUCUUCUCCCCUCUACGUUUCACCGCAUUUGCAAUAGUCAAGGCUCUGCAGAUCUACAGAAGAGGCACAGAGAAAGUUGUUGACUUACCCUGGGAAACCCUGAAGAAGGAGGUGACGCUAGCAGUAGAAAACGAGCUGCAGAGCAGUGUGACCGAGUUUGAGUUCUCUCAGGAGGAGUACCGGCAGCUGCAGGUGGAAUUCUGGUCUAAAUUUUACGCCUGUUGCCUGCAGUACCAAGAGGCCCUGGCCAUGCCACUAGGCCUGACAGUCAACCCACACACCACCAUGGUUUGCCUGCUCAAGAAGGGCUUUGUGUCCUACCUGCUCCCCUGUUUCGCUGUGGACCACCUGUACCUCUCCUAUGACGACUACCUUUUCUCAGAGGAUGAAACGCCAAUAGCUGAAGACCCCGAGGUUGGCCGGGAUAUUCUGCAGCUGGUUCAGUGUCUGCGGCUGGUAAGCGACGCCGUGUCGGGAGACAUGGCCUAUGAGAUGGAGAAGGCACUGGAACAUCUUCAGUCACCAGAGAGGGCUGCAGAGCUGGUCCUGGAGAACAUGCUGGCUAAUGACACCGACAAUGUGAUUGAGGACAUCCAGAACAAGCUUCAGGACAUCCGAAACCCCACAGCAGCCAUGAUUGUCCUGCUUAGAGAGAUGGACCUGGAGACAGACUCAGAGACCGGGGGGGAGGUGCUCCUCACACCAGGCCAGAGCCUGAAUGUGCGGAUCAACCUGUCCCAGCUGUACAGCAGCAGUGCAGCCGUUAUGGUGGUGUGUCAGGCUGUCUGCCAGGUCGCCAUGACCCGAGCGCUGUUCUGCCGAGAUCUGCUCAUACUGCAGAAGCUCUACCUCCGCCUGGGAGACAAUGUAUUCCUAGGUGGGGGGGCCCAGCUGCUGCAACUCCAGCAAGACCUGAUCCCCCGGAGCUCCCACCUCCUAUCCUCAUACCACCUCCUCAAACACAUCAGCCAGAGCCUGGCCUCCUCCAUUCCCAUGGACACCAUAGACGCCAACCUGCAGCACCUGUCAGUCUUGGAACUUAACGACUCCCCAGCCCUGGCCACCAACAGAUCAGUCCUUAGUCCGCAGACAGUUGUGGAGCUCUUCUACCAGACCGUAGCCAGGAAGGCCAUCAUCUCCCAGAUCUAUAACCAACAGCAGAGCCCCUCCCCAGGAAGUGCUGUGCCCCACUGGCCCCAAAUGGUCUCCAGUGUGGUCAACCUGCUAGCCCAGUUUCUUUGGCCGAACAACCCUGGCUUCCAGUUCCCUGAGUGUCUGAUGGCCAACUGCCAGUACACACAGCUACAGGAGUAUGUGAGGCUGAUCGGCCCUUGGUGUCAGGUGAAUGUUGGUUCCUGCUGUUUCAUGCUGGGUCAGUGUUACUUGGCCAACGGAGAGGGGCAGAAGGCUCUGCAGUCCUUCCAGGAGGCAGCGACUGAAGUAGAGAAGGAGGAGUUUCUGAUGAGAUUGACGAGCACUGAGGAGGAAGAGGCUGCUGCCAUCCCCCGGUUACAGUACUAUCACAAGGUUCUGCGGUUGCUAGAGGAUGUGGAGCUACCGGAGCUGGUAAUCCAGCUGGCCACACUGGCCAUAACCGAGGCUGUCAGCGAUGUCAGGAGUCAGGCCGCCCUGUGGACACGCAUCUUCAAACAUCACCUAGAGUUGGGCCACAAUAGCCAGGCCUACGAGGCCCUCACCCAGAACCCUGACUCCAGCAGGCAGCUGGACUGUCUGCGGCAGCUUGUUGUGGUUCUGUGUGAGCGCUCCCAACUGCAGGACCUGGUCCAGUUCUCCUAUGUUAACCUGCACGAUGAGGUGGUCAGUAUCAUAGAGUCUCGGGCCAGAGCUGUGGACCUGCUGUCACACAACUACUAUGAGCUGCUCUACGCCUUCCAUAUCAACAGACACAAUUACAGGAAAGCUGGCACGGUGAUGUUUGAGUUUGGCAUGCGUCUGGGCAGAGAGGUGCGGACCCAGCGAGGCCUCCAGAAGCAGGUCAACUGUUACCUGGCCGCCCUCAGCUGUCUCCGCCUCAUCAGGCCAGAGUACGCCUGGAUCGUCCAGCCCACCUCAGGGGCUGUGUACGAGCGGCCAGGCACAUCACCCAAGAGGAACUAUGAUGGAGAGGUCACUCUUGAUCCAGUCAAACGUCAGGUGGACAUUCUGGAGCUGAAAGACUUGGAGAAGGAGUACAUCCUGGCCCGCAGCCGGCUCACCCUGGCCCAGCACCACCCACCCUCUGCUGCCAUCGCAGGCAGUGCCUCUGCUGUAGAGAUGGUGUCUCUCUUGGUCCAAACAGGGCUGUUUGACUGUGCCCUCUCGCUCUGCCAAACCUUCAAACUCCCCUUCACACCUGUCUUUGAGGGCCUGGCCUUUAAAUGUAUCAAGCUUCAGUACGGUGGAGAGGAGUGUCAAAAUGAGGCCUGGAACUGGUUGGCUGCUAACCAGCUGUCAACUGUCAUCACCACCAAAGAAUCAAGUGCCACAGAUGAAGCCUGGAGACUCCUGGCCUCCUACCUGGAGAGCCAUGCAUCGCCCAGUGCUCAGUAUCACCGCUGUGUCAUCAACAAGCUGCUGUCCCAUGGCGUUCCCUUACCUGACUGGCUGAUCAAUGCCUACAAGGGAGUGGAUGCAGCAGCUCUCCUCCGGCUCUACUUGAACUAUGACCUCCUGGAUGCAGCAGCUGAACUGGUACUGGAGUACGUGGACGCUCUGCUGGGGAAGGGCCACCAGUACUUUGGAAUCGAGAUGCCUCUCUCAGCCACGGCACCGCUAGUAUGGCUACCGUACACUGCCAUAGACCAGCUGCUCCAGUCACUGAACGAAACACAGACCAACGCCAGCGUCUUGAACAAACUGCGAGACAAGCUGGAUGACUACCACAAACUGGUGGCACAGACAACGAGGCGAAGAGUCCUGGCUCAGUAGAUCCAGUUCUGGGUCUGCUGAUGUCCCUGAAGGUCGCCCCCCCCCCCCCCCCAAAAAAAAAACAGACUUCUGCGCCACACACCAGGAAUAAAUUGGAAGAUUUAAAAUAUUUUUGUACUGUUAAAUUAAAAAUGAUUUGUAUCAAUUUUACAUUUUUUUCCCAUUGGAAAUUGGUGUGCAUUUGAUCCGAGGACUCUGUGUAAAAUACUCGGAAGAUUGGUCUUGUUUUACCUCCAUAAGGCGCUUAAGUAUAAUGUAAAUAUUGUCUGUGUCUGCAUAUUGGGUUGAAAUAGCAAAAGAUUUCUUCCCAAUGUGUAUUUUUUUAGUACAUUAUCAAUAUUGCUUUUUUUUUGUACUGCCUGUGUCAUAUUUUACCAUGAGGUUGUUUGUAAAUUGUGAUACAAUAAAGUCUUUUCAAAUCCU